AUGUCUCCAGAUGAGCUGGUGUACCUGGGGUUCCUCGCUGCGUCCAUUCCCAUCGGAGUUCUCUUCCGCUACCUUAGUCCGCCAGUAAAACAGGUGGCAGCAUUAAGUUUAGGUCUCAUUAUCACCAUCGCCACAUGUGGGAUCCACACCCUACACUCUCUGUGUACAAUUUUAGGAACUUGGCUGAUUAUUAAAAUCCACUGGAGGAAAGCACCGGUUCUGUCUCUGGCAUGGACGUUCCUCUAUCUCUUAUUUUUCCGUUUGGUAACAUGGUUCGGUCUUCCUUCUCCAACUCCGUUCUCCAAUGCCAUCCAGCUCCUCCUCACACUAAAGAUGGUUAGUUUGGCGUAUGAGGUUCAGAGUUAUCACCUUGAGAAGAAGAAGGAGGUGAGCAUGUUCUCCAAGUCACCUGUGGUUGGUCGACUCUCUAGUGAACCCUCGCUCUAUGACAUCAUUUCCUAUAGCUAUUGCUACGUUGGAAUCAUGACAGGUCCGUUUUUUCGGUACCAGACGUUUGCUGAUUGGCUCGGACAGUCCGAUCCUCUGGUUCUGCCCUGUAAGGUUCCGUGUCUGAACAAACUAAAGAUGAUUCCUGUGUACGGAGUGCUCUUUGUGGUCGUCAACAACCUGUUCCCUCUGUCCUAUGUUCGUACUGAUGAGUUCCUGGAGCGCAACUUCUUCUUCAGGUGUUUGUACAUGGUCAUGGUGUUCUUUGUGUUCCGGAUGAGGUUCUAUGCAGCCUGGUGUGGGGCGGAGACAGGGUGCAUCACUGCAGGAUUGGGCUGUUACCCAAAGGGAGCAGAGUCUAAACCAGGAGGGGGACCUACAGUACAAUACAGUAUUCCUAAUAACUCGUGUGUGUGUGUGUUUAGCCCAGAACCUGGUGCUGAGGUUGAGUACGACUUCAGAACGAUCCAGAACAUCGACUGCUACAACACAGAUUUCUGUGUGAAGGUUCGACAUGGUAUGAGGUACUGGAACAUGACGGUGCAGUGGUGGCUCCAUCAAUACAUCUACAGCAGUGCACCCUUCCGAGUAUACGCCCUCAGAGCUGGUUGGACCAUGUUGGUGAGUGCAUACUGGCACGGGCUUCACCCCGGGUACUACCUGUCCUUCCUCACUAUCCCGGUGUGUAUAGCGGCAGAGCUGUCGAUGGAAUCGAGUGUGCGGGCGCGGCUGGGUGAAGGGGGGCAGCGUGUGUUUGACUGGGUGCAUUGGUUCCUGAAGAUGAGGGCGUAUGAUUACAUGUGUAUGGGUUUCGUUCUGCUGAAGGCGGAGGACACGCUGCACUACUGGAGCUCCAUUUACUUCCUCAUCCACGCCAUCGCUCUGCUCUGCAUAGCUGCUGGGCGGGUGAUAGGUGGAGUCAAAAAGGAGAGAAAAAGAGAGGAUGACGUGAAAGACAAAGCUAAUUAACACUAACACUCAGCUGUGGGAGAACUACACACCCCAUCAUGCACUGCUGGUCCUCCUGCCAGUGCCAACUACCUACUACAGUGCAGCUCUCAACUCGACCACGUUUACGUCCACCAAACCUGCAUCAGCAAGUCCCUUUCAAAUAUGGCUACUCACAUUCAUUUGUUCAUGUAUUCAUUCGUUCAACUACCACUUCAUCCUGGUCAUGGUUGCAGUGGGUGCAGCACCACCCCGAAACACUGAGCUCAAGGCACUACUCAAUCACAGGGCAUCACUUACUCAUUCACUCAUACCCAAGGCAGUUUAGAGCAGCCACUCCACUCAAGUGCCCUGUGGCAACGAUGAAACCCAAGUCCACAGGAUCAGUUGUACCAUGAUUGACACCCUGGAUGUUAUUUAGCUAAGACUUUGAUUGAAGACAGAAGAGAGAAAGCUGAGAUGACGACAUGAGAUAAAGAUGCAUGAAAAAUACAAACAUGAGAAAGGAAGAAGUACGGAAGCUAUAGAGGCUUGCUAAAUGGCCCCAGGUGUGAUUGGUAGGCAUUCUGUGUGUGCAGAAUACUAGAUGUCGACUCGAUCCAAGAGGA